AUGACCCCCCCUCAGCACCAGACUACGAGCUCUUCGCCUGCGCACACCGUGUUCCUAACCGGCGUGACCGGCUUCGUUGGGGGCACUAUCUUAGCCACGCUCUCCGAGAGGCAUCCUGAUGUGCGCAUCAAAGCGCUCGUCCGACAGGAAGCCGACGCCAAAGAACUCCAGGCAGUCUACCCCAAUUUCACCCCUGUCAUGGGCACGCUUUCUUCGCUCUCCCUGCUCGCAUCCACGGCCGCGUCCGCCGACUUUGUCAUCCACGCGGCAGGAGACAAUGUGGAAGCCGUGGGCGCCAUGAUCGAAGGACUUGCUUUAUCGUCCGGAUCCGCGACGGCUACUCAAACACCCACGCCACGCCUCAUCAGCUUGACCGGCCCACGAAGUCUGAUUGAUCUGUCAAUUCCCAUCACAGGCGUAGCUAGGAGCGACAGCAAGAUCUGGAGUGACAUUGCUGAUGCACACGCCAUUCUGGACCUUCCCAGUCAUCGCAUGCAUGCGGGCACCGAUCAAGCAAUCGUCAAGCACAGUCUCGCUCGAGGUGUGGGCACGAUUCUGGUGUCGCCCGGUCAGCUGUGGGGCCAGGGCAAGGCCCAUUUGAAAAAGGAGAGCAAUUCAGCCAUGUACUACGCGACGGCCAAGAGCCGUGGCCGAGCCUUCGUCAUUGGUGAUGGCUCAAUAGAGUGGUCCUGGGUUUCUAUCGGAGAUUUGGGUGCGGCGGUGGUUUUCCUCCUGGAGCAGGCCAUCCUGAACGGGCCCGAGGCAAGGCAACGACUCGGAAUCAACAAAGAGGGUUACUACUUUGUACAGACCGGAGAUGUGAGUCUGAGGAAGAGGGCGGACGCCGUCAGUCAACGAUUGCGAUUGGGAGAAGUCGAAAGCAUCUCGAUCGACACCGCAGCCAAGAUUCAUCCAUUUGGGCCGAUUAUGUGGGGGUGCGGUGAAAGAACCCGCGCAGACAAGUUGGCUGAGUUGGGAUGGAAGCCAAAAGAGCUGGAUUGGCGGGUUCUGAUGGAAGAAUAUGGGGGGGAGAGGGCAUAG